CCGGAGCCCAACAAGCCACAUGAGUCAAAGGACGAGCCCAAAACCAUCUCCCGCACCGCUCGGCUUGCACUCGGUGCCUCGCUUGCGUGGUCGCUGCCCUAGCGCACCUCACCUCCGCUCUCCGCUGCUCCCGAUCGCCGCCGUUGUUCCAGAUUCAAACUCACUGGUGGAAGCAGAUUUUGGUCAAGAUGCAACCUUGAAUUGAAAUUAACUAUGUGAGAGGUGCUCCUGGGGUUUAGGAUGAUGCGGUGUUGGAGGGUCAAAGACUCGUGGGCUGCGAUUAUUCCUGCAAGGAGGCUGUGGCUUCGCCAUGCUUGUAGUAAAUUGUUUGUCGUAGGCCUUUCUUAUGAUACCAAUGAAAUUGCCCUGAGAGAUGCUUUUGCUGAACAUGGUGAAGUUGUAGAAGUCAAAGUUAUAUGUGAUCGUAGUACUACUAGCAAGUCAAAAGGAUAUGGCUUUAUCCAAUUUUCUUCAGAAAAAGAGGCAACCAUUGCAUUGCAAAAGAUGGAUGGUGAGGCAUUAUGAAACAUACUUAUGAAAACGCAAGUUUAUGGUUGCAAGUACAUUGUGAUGGUAUAAGCUUUCACUUCAUUUGUUUCAGUUUCUGGAUGGAAGAUAUAUUCGUGUACACUACGCAAACAAGGGAUGAAACCUGCGAUAGUUUGACUAUCCUAUUGGAUUGAUGUUGCUUUGAAGUUUUUAUACCAGAAGUUCGAUUGUCAGAUAAAUAUUUUUGGGCUUAUUAGAUGUGAGCUUCACUGUUUUAGAAACCUUUUUGUUUCUUUCAUUGUUUACUAGACGGGCCAUAAUUUGUUCCUCUUGUAAUUAAUAGAUUGAAUCGUUUAAAUAUUA